AUGAAUUUGAAAAAACAAUCGUCGAUUGCCUGUUCGACAUUUCUGUUCGCUAUCAUUUUCGCCGUUAUAAUAAGGUAAGUCUUUUUGAACAUAAUUUAGUUCGAAAAUUACAGUUUAGCGGAACGUUACUUCAAACGUUUUGUUCUAAAUUAUGCAGGGUAUCCCAUGAAGAGUCAAUCCCUCGACCGGCGCCGGAAAAAGGCAAAAAUGUUUGCGCCUUUGAAAGAACAAGAUCACAGUUAGUGCUACGGAGAAAUGCCACCACUGAAAAAAAAGUUAAGGUUGUCGAUUGUGGAAUUUUUUCUUUCCCUAAACUCCAAUGUAAAGAAGAAAGGUAAGGAAUUCAAGAGAAAGGUACAGAAGCUGUUUCAAUGUAAACACACAUUUAGUUGUAAUAAGUAACCAGUGUUUUUUGUUUAAAACCGCAAUUUUAUAUUGUUCUACUUCCUCUUUUUAAGGCCUGAAUUCCUUGAGUUAUCCUUGACAAUUUGCCUUUAUUCUUAACAUUACAUAGUUCUCUCCUAAUUUUUUUUUCUGGAUAUCGAAAGAAACAAAAACAGAAUCUCUUUCUUAGGAAAAAAUUUACUUCUGCCCCUCUUUAAGAAAGCUUUUAUGAUGGACAUGAUGAUUUUGAGCUUCCUGUGUUUAAAAAAAAGGAUCCAUAGGGUUCUUUUGCCUCCGAAUGGGACAAGUCAAUCAAUAUUUCCCGCUGAUCCAUAGUGCUGAAAAAUUUCAUCGUUUUCGGCAAUUGACUGUGUUUUAGUUUUGCUGAGCAUUUCAGACCCUAAUUUUUUCAAGAAUGGUCAUUUUCAGUAUUAUUGGCUCUAAAAACAGCUAUAUCUAAACCAAACUCAUUUUGAAUUUUUGAAGAAAAAUUUGUAAAAUUCAGGAGAACAAACGUGUCAGUCUGAAGCAAUCUCGACAGGUAGUUUUCCAGUGACGUCAAAUUUCUUACCAGCCCUCCACGGUCAUGUCAAAAUUGAGAACACCGCUGACACUGAGAAACGAAUGACGAUUCUCUGAGAAGUCGCCAUUACAUUUCUAAUUAUCACUUCAAUUACAUCACACCCAACUAUUUCAUCUUUUAUCUUUGAUUUGGUCUAAAGUGAAAACAGUUUUCACUUGCCAAAAAAAUAUAUAAUGGUAAUAAUAAUUAACCAAAAAGAAAUAGGCUGCAAUUUGUUAAUUAUUAUUAAAGCAAAAUAAUUCUGAUUCAACUCAAUUACAAUUAUAGUCUCGUACCCAGACCUUUCACGGCCAAACGAUUGUAAGGUCCUACAUUUCAGUUACAACUACGCGGUAGGAUCUAGCCACGAGAUUACUACAAUCCUACUUUGCAAAAUACCCUGAAACUUUACUUAAAAAAUAGAAUAGAUGGAUAAAUGAAUUGAGGAACGGAUACGUAAGCAGUAUUUUCCCAACAUGAAUAAUAUUUCAAGGACAUUUUACCACCGAAAUUGAAUCAUCCCUUGUAGAACUGAUGUUUUUAUCAAUUUUUUCCUUAUAGUACCGAAACCAAGAUUUACUGGUACCCAGUUCGCAAAAUUAUUCAUUAUAACAUUUACGAUUGUUGUCCGGGAUGGAUUGGAUACGAACCCAAAGUGGGAUGCAAGGAGCGUAAGUACCUUAGCUUUUUCCGGAAAAAAAAUUAUACAUAUGCACUUGAUUGGGGUCAUUAAUGUAAUCUUAUGCUAAUUAAUAAUUAAUUAGGUCAUUAGAUUUAGUUACUCUCUCUUCUUUUCACCUCUUGCCAGAGAAUUCUCGAUGUUCCACUUUAUGAUUCCUUCAGAUAAAAAAAAUUAAGGUAUUCUAGAAAAAUCUGAGUCUACCCAAUAGCACAUGAGCUCAUGUUCUGCUAGUCCCUUUGAAGAGGGUGGGUUGAGGACUAAGAAUUCAUUCCUUUGUCUCAGUCUCCUGACACAGGAAAAAAACAGCUCACUUUAAAUAAAGAUUUUCUACUUGCCCAAUUUUUUUUGUUUUGCUUUCCCAGGUGUCCCUUGUGGUGUCGCUAUCCCCCAAAAGGUUCCACUCCACUGCCACGAGAGCAGAGGAAAAGACAUUGAAAAACAUCGAGGACUCUACAAACUGGGCCACGUGAAAAACCUUCCAUUCCCCAUGAGUGACAUUAAUGCAUAUCUCUUGAUAAAUCUUACACUAUCAGACCCCUUCACAAAAACGUGGAUGAAGCUAUAUGGUUAUAUGUUGAAGAAAAAUCUAUUGCUCAUCCAGAAUUUUAAUAAAACGAAUGAAGAAGAAUUCACCAAGAUCUCUGACUAUGAACAAGUUUAUCACUUCUUUCUCAAGCAACAACAAAGUGAAGAAAUGGUAAGAGAGAAAUCUCCAAAACUUAAGUGUAAAACUAUGCAACACUUUUAAUUACUUUCAUGGAAAUCGAGGUUUUUUUCUCGCCACUAUUCGUAGACUUAUCAACCUUGUGGCAAUCAAGUCCAUCUCUUUGCACCAAGAAUAAUUUUUGUGGGUCAUUUUUCUUCAGGUUCGCCCGUUUUUCCGAUUUCCUUCUCAAGAAGAACUUUUUAAAAGCGUCGUCAACAAUGUCACAUGGCGACAAGACCGUGUGUUUACUGAACAGCGGUUAGCCGGCCUCAAUCCUAUGUCACUUAUGAAAGUUACCGCUGGUCAAGGUAAGUACAGCUCCAAGGCUCCGCAAUGACAAACAAUUACUUAUGAAAGACGUGAAUGUGUCAAUAGUUGAUUAACGUUUGUUGUAUCUCUCUCAGAUCCCAUUGGAGUCAAAUGGUCUGAUCUUGAAAAACGUUUGAAUCCAAACUACGACUGGGAUGCCGCGCUCUCGAGAAGCCUGGAAACAAACACCUUGAUACAAGACACAAUCGCCGAUGGAUCUUUAUUUGUUGUGCAGUACCCGGCCUUUGACAACCUCUCUACCGUGCCAGACAUCACAGAGUCCAGGCCCACGCGGAAAAUGUGGCCCGCAAUGUCUCCCAUAGCAUUGUUUGUCUCGCGUCCAGGGGGAGAAGGUAGACCCGCACAGUUGCAACCAGUGGCUAUCCAGGUUGAUUCUACAUCAGGUAAGUACGAGGACAAUCUUUCUCUCCUCGUGCCGUCCCUUCGCAUUCUGUUUCUCCCGGUAUCCUGUUUCCGAAGUUUUUCCAACCCCAAUUCAAAAUUCUAACUCGGAAUAACAGAUCUCCUAUUUCAUUCCUUGCACAGGCUCACCAGUCUAUUCUCCUGAAGAUGGUGACCUGUGGGCUCUUGCCAAAGCGGGCUUUCAAGUCACAGAUUUUGCUUAUGUGGAGAUGGUGGAACAUUUACUAAAAACCCACCUCAUGAUGGAGCCAUUUUGUGUGUGCAUACUGAGAUACCUAUCAACACUGCACCCCUUGCACCAGCUACUGAAAUAUCACUGUAGGUAGGGAAGAUCUUAAAAGCUCAUGGGUGAGUGGAGUCACACCCAGGCCAACUCGAUCAGCCUUAAGUGUUCUACUUCACUUUACCUGGCUUAUCAGGUGUUUUAAUUGUUGCGAGCCCAGGUUGGACGACAUGAUGCCACAUUCCAACAUCUUAUAUAUAUUAUUGUGUUAUCAGCGACUUGGUGUAGAAUAAUACCGCUCAAUAAAAGGUAAAAGUGAAUAUCAAUAUAAUUUAUACGAUUAUUAUUAAUUUCUGUUUGUAAUUAUUUCUUUGUUCUACUGUAGAGGCUUAUUACCCACUAACAAAGUGGGAUUUCCUAAACUAGUUGACGAUCAAGCAUACAUGCAUCAGUUGUUUGCUAUUGGUAAUACUGGUUCUGUAACCCUAUUGGUGCGUGCAUUUCAGACCUUGACUUGGGCCGAUACUGACUUCCGAGCCAAGAAUAAGGUAUGACGUAACUUCAAAUUACACUUUUGACCAACCUCGUUCCCAGGUUCCUCUCUCUUCCUUCCUCGUGGGAUGAAAAGAGAGGACUCUGGGAACGAGGUUGCAUAAAGACAUAAGAAGAUUCGGUGACUCAUAUCACCUUCACAUUCUAAAAACAUUUUGCAAGAGGAACGAAAUUGUGCUCGAGCUUUCAACGAGCAAUUAUUUAAACUUGUGACUGCCUUAAGGAGUUUAUUCCAGUGUUGCGCAUAUACUUCAUAGAAAUUUCUCUUUUUUCCUUUUUCUUACUAUCAGGCCCGUGGCAUCGAUGACCGAAAAAAAUUGCCAUAUUUCCCAUACAGAGACGACGGAGAAUUGAUUUAUAAAGCUAUGGAAGAUCUAGUCAAGGACUACGUCAAUUUGUGAGUAGAAGCCAACCAGUUUUGUUAUGAGACAAAGCCGGCAAGAUGGUCAUUUUGGCUAGUAAGCUGACUUUACUUUCAACUUGGUGAUGUUGCUUAGAAAUGGAAUGCUCAUACUGUAAAUAAAUGGUCGAUUCUUGGUUGCUGGAUCGACUGUCCAGUUAAUGAAAAGUCUUAUCUCACGCAUGUCAUUGUAUCGUAGUUAUUACCACGCUGACAGCGAUGUACUGAAGGAUCACGAAGUUCAAGGUCUCGCCAACGAGAUGUCAUCUGAGGGAGUGGGGAAAGACGGCGGUAAAGGAAAGGUAGCUUAAGUCCUCCGGGCGUGUUUAGACUGAAUAAAAUCAAAAGCGAAUUAAUCACAAAGACCUUUCGGGAAAAAAAUUAUUAUAUGACAUGGUGCUAAGGAGAAACCAAAAUGAAAAACACCAACAAACUGCCUGAAGGCGAGAAAACGCGGGUUGUCAAAGUGCGAUUUGUUUAACUAGGGCAUUUCAUUGGUAGAGGAUUGCACGAUUUUUGGCAGACCAAUCAGAGCGCAAAGUAAAACAAAACCAAUGCAAUUCCGGAUUACUUUCGCUAUUCGCUUGAUUAUUACUUUCUAAUUGUUCUUGAAUUCUUCAGCUUCGCGGUUUUCCAGCUCAGAUAGCCACCAAAGCACUACUGGUCGACAUUGUUACGCGCCUCAUCUGGACCUCAACCGCUCAACAUACUGCUGUCAAUUAUCCAAUCUCGGAUUACGGAGCAUUCACGCCAAACAUGCCCACGAAGAUGUACGACGACGAACGAGUGCCCGAUGACAAAUUUAAUGCUUUACGAUUGCCGAAUAGUUAUGUUUCAGCAGUGAGUAAAGAAAAUUAUACAUUAUCUUGGUUUGAAUUGCACUCUUUCCAAAAAUUUUUUUAAAAAAUCCUUUUGUUUUUAUGUCUUUGACAGGUUCAAGCCGGAGUUGCAAUGAGCUUGGGUUCUCUUCGUAUCGACCGCCUGUUCGACUACGGAGGCAAACUCCCGGAGCAAGGAGGCAGAGUAAUUGUCCAAAAACACUACAACCGACUUCACUCCUCGGUCAAACCCCUCCUGGACAAGAGAAAUAAAGAACGAUUUCGAGAGGGAUACCUCACAUAUCCUUAUCUGAGUCCAGCAUGGAUACCAAACAGCAUUUGCACUUAAAUCAAAUUAAUAUUUCCCAAAAGAUUUAUUUAUUUCGAAUUCCUAUGGGGAUUUACGUGUGUGGUACAUAAGAAAUUUGACAUCGAUCCCCGAAACCAUGCUUUGAACAAGUGUCCAGGAUUUGAAAAGAAAAUUAUUUUAGUUGCUGGUAGAUGAACCUAUGCAAUUUCACUUUUGUCGGGAGCAAAAUUAACCCAGACUGUGAUGUGAGAGAAUCUGUUGCAGUUGGAAAGAGCUACAUAACAAUGCCUCGGUUGUUUCAAAUAAUAAUUUACCGGAAAAGACAAACACGAAGGGUUUAGAAUGAACCCAAAAUAAGAUAUUGAAACAGAAUCCGUUGAGAAGAAAAUUAAAUCUUCAGACAAAAUAUUCCAGUUUAAAUGAUAGUAGAUGGAAGUUCUCUCCUAAGAAUUACAAAACGUCUCAAUAGCUCAGAGAUUUCGUAAUUCUUAGAUGAUAUUCAAGGGAAUCAUCUCCUAAGAAUCGCCUUGCACAUUCACAGGGGCAUUUUUCAAAGCAUGGUUCUUGGUUCCUCUCUUUCCUUUCCAGUAAACUUCAACAAUUCCUAUAUUGACAUGCACGGUGAAAUUAAGUAUCGUCAGAGGUUUACUUUCAAACGAUUUAUGAAUGUUAUUCAAACUCAAUAAGGAAUUAGCUGUAUCUGAAACUAUACAAAGUGUGUUUUCCUCGGGAUUUCUUAAAUUAACAGGCUCUAAACUUCAAGGCCCAACUGUAUGAAGGUCUGAUAACAUUAUCCAACAGAUCAAUCACUAUCCAGUAGAUAAGUGAUGGCAAAAUAUACUGCACUAUUCACCAGAUAAAAUUUAUACAGUGGAUAGCGUUAUCCAACCUUUGAACAACUGGAGCCAAGAUACAAUUUGUUAGGGGG